AUGAUCCGAGCACGCGGUGACGGUAGCGACACGCGAGAUCAGAUUCCAUACGACCAGCUUGACGGCUGCCAAGCGCGCGAUAUUGAGCGAGCGCUUGUGGAUGGCAAGGCAUCCUACUGGCAUUUAAACGCCAUGACAACGGCCGGCUUGGCCCACAGCAUUGUCGGCAUGGUUUGCAAGGCGAUCCCCAUCACGGCCAUUGAGCCCUUUGGAGCUGGAGUUUCUAUUGACUCCGGGGACAUCUGUGGUGGCAUCAAGGACGUGUUGGCGACCACGAAGAAUGCGGUGGAAGCAUACAGGCCUUCCCACUAG